AUGCCCCACCAUCCACGUCGCUUCUCCGAACUUGUUACCCCUUUGGGAGCCUGGUCUAUACGAUGGUUUACAGAGGGAAACCCAGUCCGUGCUGUGCAUGGUGUCGGAAACGGCGUCUGGUGGUGCUGCGAUCGGAAAACCCCGUGUUCGCAAUGCACGAGAGCGAACAAGGAGUGCGGUGGGUAUCAAGACCUGAAAAGUCUGCGAAUAUACGACCAGAGCAAGGAAGUUGCCGUGAAAGCUCAAGCUCGGAACCUGGUCCAAUCGAGGUCUGCAACAACAUCGCCGCUGCCUUUAAUCCAGGAGCCGAUCUCAAUACAUGAGCACGCCACAUCUCACAUUUUCACUUAUUACGUUGGCACACCCCAAGAUCGUGGCUUAUUAUCUUUCUUGCCUGACGUGCUAAGCACGGACCCCUCGUCUGGGCUUCAGGCCGCCAUGAAGGCCAUAGGGCUGUCGACCAUGUCGAGAAUCCAUAAUUUACCAAAUCUACGGCGACUGGCUGGCGAAGAGUACGGUAUAGCCCUGCUUUCUCUCAAUAGAGCAUUGCAAAACCCAGUCUCGGCCAAGGCCAACUCCACUUUGGCAACUGUAACGAUGCUGUCUAUGUAUGAGAUGGUGGCAUGCCAGGAUAUGGCCACAUGGGGGUCCGCGAUCAUGGAUCGCUGGGUGAAUCACGUUCAAGGUGGAAUGAGGCUUCUGGAGCUGAGGGGGGUGGAGCAAUUAAACUCCGACACAGGGGCUCAGUUGUUCACAUCAAUACGAAUGCAGAAUGCAAUCAGUGGCGUUUUCUUUCGUCACUCCAUUCGCAACUCGCCCACAAUCGUUGCAAUAUCGGAAGCCGCAAGAGCCCGAGCUGACGAAAAUACCCUUCAAGUUGAAUUUUUACACGAUAUACUCAUUCAGUUCAAUGAUCUCGCUGCCGAGGUCAAUGAUGCCUCCCUUGGAAAAUACACUGUCGAGAAUUUAGGUUUGUACAUCGGGAAAGCUCUCCACCUCGAUGCAAACCUACGCUCAUGGGAAAUGUCUCUCGGCCCUGGCUGGCGGUACACCACUAUCAGCGAGCCGCGGCCCCCGGUCGGACAUCCGACACAUUUCUCCAUGCGUGGCGAUACACACCACAUCUACCAUAACGUCAAUAUCGCCUCAAUGUGGAACCACUACCGUCAAACACGCAUUGUCCUCCACGAGAUGGUUCGAGUCAUGGCUCUGCAUCUGUGGGCCUUACAGGAAUCACCAGAGUGUCAACAAACCAUCCUCCAGUCUGUAUCCAUCAGCAAACAGAUGGUUAAUGAUAUUUGCGCUAGUGUACGGUACCAUUUUAUAUCGGAUGAAGCUCGCUUCGGGGGUGCAGUUCGCCUGCUAUGGCCUCUGUUUAUUGGGGCCGACGUUGAGCAUAUAGAUGAUCAGACUAGAGAGUGGAUUAUAAACACUCUUUCCAUGAUUGGAAAUGGUAUGGGUAUUCGACAGGCUCUCGUCAUGGUGCGUUUUCUACGCAAUGGGCAUAAAAAGAAUCUGAUUCCUGGGACAUGA